AUGGCCGGCGAGGGAGGUCCCCGGAAGCGCAGACGCCCAGCCCAGUCCUGCGAGCAGUGCCGUCAUCGAAAGGUGCGCUGCGACCGCAACAUUCCAUGUGGCCCUUGCACACGUGCACGAUCUUCUCUUCACUGUUCCUAUCGUGAUAGAAGCCAAUCUCCAAGUUCAUCGGGAAUAGGAAUCAUCGCUACUCCGGACACGACACAUCGCCAGACAUUAGUUACCGGGGCCUUCGAGCGAAGAGCAUCGAACCGUAUGACCCCGACAGAGCAUGGAGACACCGACCUUCAAUCUGGCGUUGAGUCGUCGUCGGGGGAAAUUCAGCGUCGAAUACAGUCACUUGAAGAUCGAUUAGCAACCUUAACAGAGAACACCAGCUUGCCCCGGGAUAAUCAAAGGCUGGAAAAGGCAUUGCAUGAUCUGACUGAGAGAACACAGAACAUCGAACAGCAGCUUGCCGCGGCGCCACAGCUUGCACAUACUCACCCAACAAGUGAUUUAUCAACUUCAAAUAUUCCGCCACGUCUUCAUGCGUCAGCCAAGGCUGAAUUCAAAGACCUGAAGACGGAUCUGACAAACGUGGUCAAGGAUUGUCGGGCCCUUCGGACGUCCAUCAAGUUUCACCAGUCUGUGCCACUCGAUGAGCCCCCCGUCUGCGACGAGUUGGUUCAAUGCUAUCUUCGGACUAUUGGUCUAAUCUACAAACAAUUCUGGACAGAACCCAAGCUCUCCCCUGUGUCAUUUUUAAUGAAGCUGGUACUGGUACUCGCUAUCGGGACUGCCUUCUAUCCAGAUUCCACCGGUGGGAUCAACGACAAGUGCACGCAUCUGAAGCAGAAAUGGGUGUAUGCAGCUCAAUGGUGGCUUACGGGGCCAUCCGAAAAGACAGCAGCCAGUCUAGAUGGGCUACAAGUAUUUUGCCUGUUACUAACAGCGCGCAAAAUCAGUGACUUGGGGACAUCACAUGUGCUUUCUACGAAUUCACUGAUAGAGAUGGCAAUGAGAUUAGGGCUUCACAUUGACCCUUCAAAUUUUCCAACUUUAUCUGCCUUUGAAUCCGAGAUGCGUGUUCGCUUGUGGGCUACAAUCCUUGAACUGGCCCUUCAGUCAUCUUUGGAGUCAGGGUUACCUUGCAACCUACCGUUGGGAUUUGACGCGAGGCCACCAUUGAACAUCAAUGAUCAAGAUAUCGGCCCUGAUAAACCCCUCAUUGCUUCACCUUCAAAGCCGAGUAACGAGUGGACAGAUACCUCUGUUUUAUUAUUGUUCCAUGAAUCGGUCAAACCUCGCAUGGGAAUUGUUCAAUUCGUGGCCAGUCCCGGUAGGAAGUCAUAUCAACAAGCUUUGCAGUUCACAGCGGACAUGAGACUCGCCUGUCGCAAAUUGAGCAGUGCUGCCCAGAAAUUUGAAGCUUCAAAGACGAGCCAAGGGCUCGGGCUCACCGACUUCCACAAAAAGUUCCUUGAUAUAGAGUUACACAGGUAUAUAGUGGCUCUUCAUGCACCAUUCACGGUGCAAGCUCGAAAAGACCCUCGGUUCUACUACUCUCGCAAGGCCUCUCUCGAGUCUGCGAUGGCCAUUGCAUUCUACGCUAAUGACUUGCACCUCCCAUCUAGCGCAUUAGAUGAUUUUUCAAAACUGACCCUUGUCGGCGCAGGCAGUUUCAAGGGUCCUCUAGCACUAGACAUUGUCUCCGCCCUUGGUCUUGAGCUUGUCACCCAACUAGAAGAGGAAUCUUCCGCGCAAUCGCUGUUUGUUGGUCUCGGGAAUGAGCUUGCUAAGGCCGCUCGUGCUCCUGUAGUUCAGAUACUUGAGCAUAUUCUUGCCCAGCUCUUGCAGAUCAUCUCAUUAGGUAGUCCCAACUUGAAGCGAUAUAAUUUCCUCGCGGCGAUCCUAGCUCAAAUUCGGGCCAUGCAGUCAAAUCAAUGUGUGAAGCGAGUUGUCUACGAGACCUCAAUGAUGGCUGGGAUGCCCCAGACUCCGAUUGCAGAUGUGCCAAUCGGCACGGCCACUCCAACUAUCCCUGGUUUGUCUGAUCCGACCUCCACUCAAUUUGGUUUCCAACCAACGGACUCCAUAUUUGACAUUGAUCUUGCAAGUCUUCUGUGCCUCGAGGGUAUCGAUGACCCCAGCAGCUCUUAUCUGUAA